AUGCUGCCCCUACACGGGAACGGCAAGAAGAAGAGCCCCCACAAUGUAAUGAGUUUUUUUGGCGGAGCCUAUUCCAAGGGGAUCUUCCAAAGUGGAAAGGUUGGCGAUGUCCCUAAGGCAACGAAGGGGGAAAACCUCUCCCAUGUGCGCAAUGCACAAGGGUGGGGUGCCCCCAUGGGUGGAGUUCAAUACGUACAGUGUGCAGGGUACGAAGAUGAUGUAACGUCGUUGGGGUGUCUGAACUGGUACAUAAACCGGUCGCCCAAACAAAGGAUCACGAUUAACGCAGGCGUGUUGCUCGCAUUCGCAACAGCAACGUAUGCAACAUAUCGAACUGUGGAUAAUGUGAAGACCGUGUGCUUAGUCGGGCUAUCCCUCUACAGUGCCUUCUUCCUGUUAUUCGCCCUGCACAUGCUGAGCUCCGUGUUGAAGGACGAGUACGACGCGUACAGCACCGUGCGAGGGAGCGACGGUUGGGAGGGUAGCGGUUGGAGGGGUGAUGAUCGGAAGGGUAGCGGUUGGAGGGGUGAUGAUCGGAAGGGUAGCGGUUGGAGGGGUGAUGAUCGGAAGGGUGACGAUCGGAAGGGUGACGGUUGGACGGGUGACGAUCGGAAGGACGGCGUGACGAUCCACCAGAUUAGCGUCAUGGCCGAACAUAUCGGCCUUCCACAUAAGAAGAGCGAAACGAUGAAGCCGAAUGAUGGUGACAGACGAGGAGAGGGGCGGGACGAGGGGGUCCACAUCACGGUAUCCCACGACACGGCUGCCCAUGACGCGGGGAAGCACACCCUGGAAGCGCCGCACGACGGAUACGAAGUACUCUCCUUGGAAGACAUAGCAAAACCGAUAAAGGAGGGAUCAGAAGGGUUUUUCGCAGUGCAGUACAACUCGAUUUUUAAAAUAUCUGUAGCUUUUACGACGCUUCUGCUGUUCCUUUACAUGGUGAGAGGAGACUACACAAAGCUGCCCCGAGAAAAAAGCACCAUGGUGGAGGGUACUACUGAGAAGCACAUAGUAAUAUCACCCUUUGCAUACAGCAUAAUAACUUCCUUUUCAUUUUUGCUAGGAGCUACAUGCAGCUCUGUAGCAGCCUACAACGGCAUUUAUGUGGCCGUCCGGGCCAAUGUCCGUGUGGCGAAAGCCUCCACCUAUUCGUAUAGGAAAGCGCUAAUGACCUGUUUCAGGAGUGGGGCAAUAAGUGCCAUCGUGAACGUGGCAUUAGCUAUCUUUGGCAUUUGCUCUCUACUCAUGUUAAUAAAUAUUUUAUAUCCUACCCUGUCGUUUACAAAAUAUCCCCUACUGAUUGUUGGUUACGGGUUCGGAGCUUCUCUAGUGGCUAUGCUGUAUCAGCUAGCUGGAGGUAUAUACACAAAAGCAGCUGAUAUAGGUGCCGAUUUAGUUGGGAAGGUAGAAAAACACAUUCCCGAGGAUGAUGCGAGGAACCCAGCAGUGAUUGCAGAUUUGGUUGGAGACAACGUAGGUGACUGUGCAGGUCAAUGUGCAGAUUUAUUUGAAUCGAUAUCCGCCGAGAUUAUUGCAUCUAUGAUUUUGGGAGGAACCUUAUGUGAAAAUGGAAUCAUUUCGGAGAAAAGGGCUAACUACUUUGUUCUCUUCCCCUUGUUUGUCCACUCGAUGGAUUUGUUCGUAUCUACCAUUGGGGUGUACCUUGUUCGGACCAGGAGUGACUACACAAGCACCCUAAUGGGAAAGAAGAAACGUGGGAGUAGCAAGAGUCACUUUGGAGCGGACCAGUACACCCAUCUUAGUAGCGCAUCCCACAGUGGAACAAUGCAGAAUGGUGCAAAUGAGAACGUACGGAGCGCAAACGGAGACACAGCCUUGUCGACCCUGAGUCGGGACCAUUACAAGGAUAACGAACUAGAGAUGAUAGGAGAACAUUUAGAGAACCCACUGAAGGUGAUGCUAAGAGCGUAUAUCGUUACAUGCCUCCUUGCCAUGGGUGGUUUUUUUUUCUUCUGCAAAAUGUUGUUUCUCUUGGGGGAAGAUUACCCAAAUGAUUAUUCGUGGGCUUAUCUAUCCUUAUGUGGACUGGUUGGUAUGGUUUGCUCAUACCUGUUCGUCAUUCUGACGAGAUACUACACAGACUACUCCUACCCUAAGGUGAGAAAGAUAGCUCAUGCUUCUUUGAGUGGUCCAGCUACUAACAUAAUAACGGGUUUGUACGUCGGCAUGGAAUCUACGUUCCUCCCCACGAUCGUGAUUUCUGUAUCUCUUUUGGCUUCCUACUACCUAGGGUUAGCAAGUAACCUUACUGGAGAUGGCCGUGCUAUAAAUGGGCUUUACGGCACAUCAGUAGCUACCAUGGGGAUGCUCUCCACAGCAGUUUUCAUUUUGAGCAUGUCUAAUUUUGGACCCAUAGCAGAUAAUGCAGGUGGAAUUGUAGAAAUGUCGAAUCAACCUGAACACGUUCGAUUCAUUACAGAUAAAUUAGAUGCAGUCGGAAAUGUAACCAAAGCAAAUACAAAAGGAUACAGUGUUGGUUCUGCUGCUCUAGCAUGUUUUUUACUUUUCUCUGCUUUUCUUAGUGAAGUUUCUGUUCAUGCAAAGACCCCUUUUACUACUGUAGAUAUUGCCUUACCAGAAGUAUUCAUUGGUGGGAUUCUAGGAUCCGUUGUGGUUUUCCUUUUCGCUAGCUGGUCCUUAGAUGCAGUUGGAAAUACAGCUGAAGAAGUACUCAAAGAAGUACGCAGACAGUUUAAUGAACACCCGGGGAUACUCACUUAUGAUGAAAAACCAGACUAUCACACCUGCGUUUCGAUUAUCAGUAGGAAGGCACUCAUCGAGACGAUUAAGCCUGGACUACUUGCACUAUGUGCACCCAUCAUAAUUGGGUUGCUUUUUAAAGAAAUUGGAAAGUUCAGAAAUAAUGGCUUGCUAGGUGCACAAGUCAUUGCUUCGUUUAUUAUGUUCUCUACAUCUACGGGCAUUUUGAUGGCGCUUUUCCUUAACAAUGCUGGGGGGGCCUGGGACAAUGCAAAGAAGUAUAUCGAGUCCGGUUUUUACGGAGGGAAAAACAGCCCCGCACACGUCUCCAGCGUUAUUGGAGACACUGUGGGCGACCCCUGCAAGGACACCGCGGGCCCCUCCAUCCACGUCCUCAUCAAGCUAAUUUCGACCAUCACCAUGGUGAUGACCCCCCUGAUCGCGUCCUCCUCGGAGAUGUAG